GAUUUAUUUGUAUACCCUGGCAUUUAUGUUUUAUCAAUACAAUAUAUAUGGUGUCUGAGGGAUGUUGGAAGUUUACCAUUGUUUCAAAGACUGGCCAUCUAUAACCAUGCUGCAGUCAAGCUGAAUGGAGUUAUCCCAGGGGGUUUGAAGUGGAUCAUAGAGAAGGUAUAAAAUAUAUGGCCUUACUAUCACAGGUCAAGAUGGAAAAGACCAACAAUCAAGAAAUUCUGAAAAUAAUCUACAGAUCGAGGUAAAUAUUUUUGAUGACACAACAACCACCAGAGUGUUGAAUCGGUGAAAGAAAAAUGAGAUUUACAAAUUUCCGAUGGAAAUUACUUGGACUGCUCGUUGGUGUUAUUUUUGUGUGGAGUUUGUCAAGUUCCAAAGGAAAUCAGAAUGAAUUCUCUGAAGAAUUUGAGUUUCCAAGGUCUGUGUGCAAUGAUAGUGGGGAUAAUAUAUAUGUCAAUCAUUUUUAUCUCCAUAACAACCCAAAGAACCGAAACCACUCAUAUUCCUUGAGGGCACAAAACCCCUUCAGUAUUCAAAACCCUGGAUUGUGUUUUGAAGAACACUCAUUGGAUUUUCUUAUUCUAAUCAACACAGAACCUAAUCACUUUCUUCGGAGAAAAGUCAUUCGUGCUACAUGGGGAAAUGUGAAUUUACCUCAGUAUCAAAAAUUUGGAAAUUUCAAGAUUCUCUUCAUUGUAGGCCAUUCAACCUCUAAAAAAAUUCAAAAAGCCAUUGAAAAAGAGGCAGCACAGUAUGGUGAUAUUUUACAGGGAAGGUUCUCAGAGGCACCGAACAAUCUCCCACAAAAAGCUCUGAUGGCCUUGAGAUGGACAGCCGAAUAUUGCCUCAAGGCCAAAAUGAUCAUCCGCAUCCAGGACACUGUGCUUCUAAACAUGUUCGAAAUUUUACGAGAAUACAAACCCAAAUAUUCCUGUACCAAAAAUUUAUUAAUGUGUAAAUUCAUCAAAGAGAGGAUAAAAUUCAUGGAUUAUGAAAAACUAAAAAGGAUGAAACUGACUCCCACCAUUAUCCACUGUGUUGGAAAAGCUGUGAUAAUGACUCGAGAUAUGCUUAUCUCCCUUUACCAUGCCGCCCCACAUAUGACCCCAUACUGGUCAGAUGACAUGUAUAUAUAUGGAAUGUUGCCGGCUCAGAUUCGGCAGAAAACUCUCAAACCUUUGCGACUUUAUGAAGGAAAUUCUGAUCAAGCAAUAGACUGCUAUGAAACAAAUCUACACAACUGUGGAUUAGUUGCUAUUGAUACCCAAACAAGAAGCCAUCACAAUAUUAUAUGGUCUCAUAUCAAACAUUACUUUGCAUAAUGUUGGCAUUUAAUAGUAAUGGUGAUAUUUCGUUUUAUUGACUUCCGCAUUCUUUUAUGGCCCUUUAUUACCAGGCUUUUCUCAUAUUUCUAUUCCACUCCUUAGAUGGCAAUCAAACCAGCCUAAAUGAUAAAUUUUUAUCACCUCAAUUUUGUUAUUAAAAUAACUAAAUCAAG